UGUAUAUUGAGUUUUAUUGUUGACAAGGAAAAAAGGAAUGGGUUAUCAACAAGUCGUGCAAAAUUCUCUUGUAGCAAGCUUUGUAGUGCUGUUAGGCUUCUUUUGCAUGGUACAUGGAAAAACGUUGGCAAAUGAUGCCAGUUUAUCUCACAUGCAAAGAGGAGGAUACCAAACAGUAUCACCUACAGUAACUCAACAAUGCCCAAAGCUGUGCGUCACAGCUACGCAGACACAAGUACAAAGUUGUAUUUAUACAAAUAUUCAAGUACCUUAUAUCUCGCAAUGUGUGACUGUAACUCCUACAACUUGUUAUAAAUACGUAACCAAAUAUAAACAAGUCUGCUGCGAACAGGAAUAUCAACAACAAGACUAUCAACAACAACAACAACAAUGCACAGAGUAUUGCCAAUUAUCUUAUCAACAAUCAGUCAGUUACCCUUGCAGCACUCAGAUUUCAUAUCCAUGUCAAGAAUAUCGUCUCAUGCAAGUACAGCAAUGUUGUCAAAUUCCAAAGGUGAAAUGUGUCCAACAUACUCAAGUUUGUAUUCAACAAGAAGAGCAACAACAGCAACAACAGCAAGAACAAGAACAACAGGAACAAGAACAAGUGCAAGAAGAAGCUCAACAAGUACAACAAGUGGAACAACAACAACAACAACAAGAAGAAUAUUAAAGAAAAGAGAGAGAGAGAGAGAGAGGGAAGUUGUAUACCUGCCAAGGUUGCAGGAAUAUGAUGUUUGUAGUAAUAAAAGAGCUUAUGCAUGACAUGUAAAAAAGGGGAGUAGUUAUCCAAGAAAAUUUGUUACUGCUGUUUUGUAAAGUGUACUGUGGAAUAGAUACAUAUCAAUAAGCGAUUGAGUGUUUAUCUACACAUAACCAUCCCUUGAUAUACAUCUUCAAAGAGUCUCUUUUGUAAAGCUGUUGGUCCUUCAAACAAGGAUGUUGAUUUCUUCAAAGCAUAGCCCAACUUCAUAGAAACCAAGAAAUACGAGUAGAUUAUUUCUUAGUUGUCAUGUAAUGGGAAAAACGCCAACUCAGUUGCAAAAUAAUACAUGGAAGAUUAUGUUUCCAAUAUUAGAAUUGCAUAAUAGUAUGCGGAUGGAUACAAGGACAUUUUCCAAAGUAAAUCCUAUUCUUUUUGG